AUGGGGGAGCUGCCCAACGUCAUGACGUCAGGAGAGGCGCCCAGCUACGCGUCCUGGUUCUCGGACCCGGAGGUGGCCAGAACCUACACCCAGGCCCAGCACAACGGGUCCGUCGCGACGGCGAAGUACCUCGUGAAGAAGAAGCUCCAGCUCGGGGGCAUCACGGACAUGCUCGACGUUGGCGGAGGGUCUGGCGCCUUCUCCUACGUGUUCGUGGGGGCCACGCCCGGGCUGAAGUCCACGGUGCUCGAGCUGCCCGAGGUCUGCCGCACCGGGGAGGGCAUCCGGGCGCAGCAGCCAGAGGACGUGCGGAGCCGCGUGGGCUUCACCGAGCUCGACGCCACCAGCCCGAACUGGCCCGUCCGCGGCCCAGCGAGCGUGCCGACGGCGCGCGGUCCAGCGGAGCAAGGAGGGAGGGAGGAGGAGCGAGGAGCGAGGAGGAGUUUGGAGGAGGGGGCUGGAAGGGGGGGGGCGAGCAGGAGGGAGGGGGGGGGAGGAGGAGCGAGGAGCGAGGAGCAUGGAGGAGUCUGGAGGAGGGGGUUGGGAGGUGGGGUCUGGGAGGUGGGGGGGGGAGCGAGGAGGAGGGAGGAGGGAGGAGGAGCAGGAGGAACAGAGCGAGCCCGAGGUGCGUCGGCGAUGCUGCAGUUCACGCGUCCCUACAAGCCUGCCUCGUCACGAGAAGCGCCCCCCUUGGAAGACCAGCACAUUUGGGCCUGCCAUUUUGGCGAUGGCCCCGCUUUGAAAAGGAGCUGCCUUGUAUCCAGUUGCGCUGCCGCGCGAUUCCGCCACCGCGUUCGGGCGGGCGGGGGACGCAGGGGCCCCACGGAACCCCUUUUCCCCAGGCUUUACACUUACGGCCUUCUUCUGCCUGGAAGACCGAACACAAAGACUUGGCUACAAAAAUAA